AUGAUCCCUCGUGACCGCACCAUUUGGUGCACCACGGAGGAAUGCCCUGCUUCUCUUUUGCUGCCUGAUGGGUCGGCUAUCCGGGAGAUUUUUUAUGGCUUCGCGGACCCCGUGUCUGUCCAGCACAAACAGCGCUCCCUCAACACUAAGUCUCCUUCCCUUGUCCGCCCCGACUUGGAGCGACAGGCGGCGGCGGCGGAUGCCGAAGCUCGUCGCGCUUUGGACCUCGCCGCCCGCUCUUCCACUGCCCCGUCCACUCAGGCGGCGGCCCCUGGCUCAGGACCAACUGCGCCCGCCCCGCCCUCGGGCGAGGUCUGCAUUGACCUCUUAAAGCCUGAGCCUACGGCUUCGCUUCUUGAAUGCUGCCACGCGCCCUGUUUGCUGUUGUAA